GGGCUUGAUGAGAUUUUUUUAAUUUUCUGUGUUCAAUUGUCACACAAUAUAUAAGACUAGAGCCUCUGCAUCUCUUGGUCGAUGCAGAUACUUGCUAUGCAAUGUCGAAAAAACUCUGUUUGAGGAUGGACUUGGACUGGCUGCCCCACGAUGUCGUAGAGCUCAACCUCGAGAGAGCUCCGGUGGCAUCUCUGCUGAGGUUCAAGGCUGUAUCGACGCAGUGGAAAUCAACGAUCGAAUCCCGUUUAUUCCAAGAAAGACAAUUCAAUCAUCGUCAGCAAUCAGGAGAUCCUGAUGUUCUUAUGGUGUCUGUACGUGUUUACGAGGAUGGUUUUGGUGAGCCGGACACAGAAGGAGAAGGACUCUCGGGAAUCGAAUGUCUAAGAACAUUGGUGUUGAGUUCAUCAUCAUCGCUCCAGAUCCCUACUUCUAAGAGUAGCUUUGACGGUCUCGUUUGUCUCUACUUUCCCGACAGGUCCGGUUAUGUGGUCAAUCCCAUCACUAGGUCGCAUCGAGUUCUUCCUCUCUCCAACUAUCAACAAAUCCUAAUCGACACAAGUGGAGAUAUUUUGAUUAUGCCUACAACUCCUUGGAAUUUGGCCUAGAAAAAUGCGAAGUUUUCGACUUUAGCACCAAUGCCUGGAGGUAUGUCACUCCCUCUGCACCUUACCGGGUUUCUCGCAAAGAGCCUGCCUAUGUAGAUGGGUCGCUUUAUUGGUUCACCGACUGCCUAGAAACCAAAGUUUUAUCUUCGAUACCCAGCCUCCCCACUAGCACUUUUGGAUGGGGAGAAGAAGAAGAAGAAGGAAAAAUUGCUAUAUUUUAAUCUAAAGACUGGUCGAACCCUGGUGAUACAUGAUCCGCAAACUCAAUCUUAUGAUACUGCUUUCGCUGCUGACUCCAUUGGAUUUCCUGUUUGUUAUUUCCAGAGUUUACACUUUACUCUCUGUUUUAUGAAGUUGAUUAUUGUCGAUGCAUAAUGUAAUCUUUGCUUCCUCCAAGAUAUUAAAGUGCUAGUAUUUCAUGUUUUUUUUUUGUCGUAGUCUCAUAUCUCUAGUCCUCUUUAAAGACUCAUACAGGUAUAAAAAAAUGUGUAUAAUGUACGGAAAGUCCAAAAUGGUCUCUGACCUCUGCAAGCUUUGUUUCUCCUUCAAUGACAACACAGCAGGAUUCUAGCAGGACGGUAGCUUAAUAAAUUAUACUCUUGGUUGAUCUUCUCUUCAAACCAAUGUGGCAUUUGGCUUCUGUUUUGGCUUUGAAGUUUUGCUGUAAAGAGUGUAAAUGGACUAUCUAUCUAACUAUGUGUAAACACAUCUUCCUUUUCAAUAUACCUUAUGUAUCAUCAGGUUUAAAGAAGAAGAAAACACCAUUAUCAUGAGGAUGCAACCAACUUAUGUUUUCUUUUCCUCUAACCAAAGUAGUUCAUAACACCUAAAGAACAAACACUAAAGCUGAAAUGCUGAAUCUAAUCUAUCACACAACCA